UGGCCGGUCACUAACAUUAGUAAUUCUUGUUGACAGUUGAUAUGUAUGUGGUGUGCGGUGAUGGCGGCUGCGCGGGCGCAGGAUGACUUCUACGCGCCGCAGACCUUCAAUAAACACGUGAGGGGAGCGCUUUUCCAGCCAAUGCACCAGCCCUGGAACGGGCCAAAGGAAAUGGACAGACUGGAGUCGUAUCAAAAGAGCAUGUUCACACCAGCCCUACAUAAUGACGUGGACCCCCAGAGUCAGAAUUGGAGACCUGUCAACGACCGGGAUUGGCGAGGAUCCCCAAGCCCCCUCGCCCCAGCAGCCCCCCUGCAGCCGAUCCUCCAACCGGAGCCUUGGAGGCCCCCCUUCAGUCCCCAGCUGACUAAAGAACAGCAAGCCGCCAUACUACACCACAAACAAGCUCUUACAUCAGAUGGCGCCUUCCGUUUCGAAUACGCCUCCGACAACGGUCUGGCUGCCGGCGAACAGAUCGAGCCCGACGGCACCAGAGUUGGAGCUUACCAGUACAAGGAUCCCAGCGGACAAAUCGUGAAGCUCAAGUAUAGAGCCGGCAAGGAAGGCUUCCAGAUCCUAGAGGGCAGCCAUCUACCAAAAAGCCCAGAACCAGUGGCGCCGCCAACUUCUGACCAGCAUUACCAGCAGGCGUACCAGCAGCAACGCCAGCAAUACGACCUACAGCAGCAGUACAAUCAACAGCGGAUAGAACCGCAGCAGAACUGGCAGCAGAAUACUGGUGGUGAGGGCGGUCAACAGAGGGCGACGGCAUCGCAAUACUACCCUCAAAGUUGGAGGUCGCAAGGCCAAGAGGACGAUGGACAGUAUCGCCCGCAAGAGAAUGAAGUGCAAAACGGGCCUCACAACUUUGGCGAAGGUUUCGCCUUUUCAUUUCAAGGUUAACCAGUUAGUUAUACAAAAAUAGGCAAUAA